AUGGAGACCCGCGCCGGUCCACACCCGCUGCGCCUGUUCGUCUGCCUGAUGCCGCUCUGUCUCGCGCUGCUUUUGGGACCCGGGCGGCCCGGGACCGCCGAAGAAGUCAUCCUCCUGGACUCCAAAGCCUCUCAGGCUGAGCUGGGCUGGACUGCACUACCAAGUAACGGGUGGGAGGAAAUCAGCGGCGUGGAUGAACACGACCGUCCCAUCCGCACGUACCAAGUGUGCAAUGUGCUGGAGCCCAAUCAGGACAACUGGUUGCAGACAGGCUGGAUCAGCCGCGGCAGCGGGCAGCGCAUCUUCGUGGAACUGCAGUUCACACUGCGUGACUGCAGCAGCAUCCCUGGCGCCGCGGGCACCUGCAAGGAGACCUUCAACGUCUACUACCUGGAAACCGAGGCCGACCUGGGCCGCGGGCGUUCCCGCCUAGGCGGCAGCCAGCCCCACAAAAUUGACACGAUCGCUGCAGACGAGAGCUUCACGCAGGGCGACCUGGGCGAGCGCAAGAUGAAGCUGAACACAGAGGUGCGGGAGAUCGGCCCGCUCAGCCGGCGGGGUUUCCACCUGGCCUUUCAGGACGUGGGCGCAUGUGUGGCCUUGGUCUCUGUGCGCGUCUACUACAAGCAGUGCCGCGCCACAGUGCGGGGCCUGGCUGCGUUCCCAGCCACCGCAGCACAGAGCGCCUUCUCCACACUAGUGGAAGUGGCCGGAACAUGCGUGGCGCACUCGGAAGGGGAGCCCGGCAGCCCCCCGCGCAUGCACUGCGGCGCCGAUGGCGAGUGGUUAGUGCCCGUGGGCCGCUGCAGCUGCAGUGCGGGAUUCCAGGAGCGUGGUGACACCUGCGAAGCCUGCCCACCAGGGUUUUACAAGGUGUCCCCGCGGCGGCCCCUCUGCUCGCCCUGCCCAGAGCACAGCCGGGCCCUGGAAAACGCCUCCACGUUCUGCGUGUGCCAGGACAGCUACGCGCGCUCGCCCACGGACCCGCCCUCAGCCUCCUGCACCCGGCCGCCGUCGGCGCCGCGGGACCUGCAGUACAGCCUGAGCCGCUCGCCGCUGGCGCUGCGGCUGCGCUGGCUGCCGCCGGCCGACUCCGGCGGCCGCUCCGACGUCACGUACUCGCUGCUUUGCCUGCGCUGCGGCCGCGAGGGCCCGGCGGGCGCGUGCGAGCCGUGCGGGCCGCGCGUGGCCUUCGUGCCGCGCCAGGCCGGGCUGCGGGAGCGCGCCGCCACGCUGCUCCACCUGCGCCCCGGCGCGCGCUACACCGUGCGCGUGGCCGCGCUCAACGGCGUCUCGGGGCCGGCGGCCGCCGCGGGAGCCACCUACGCGCAGGUCACCGUCUCCACCGGGCCCGGGGUGCCUUGGGAGGAAGAUGAGAUCCGCAGGGACCGAGUGGAGCCCCAGAGUGUGUCCCUGUCUUGGCGAGAGCCCAUCCCCGCUGGAGCCCCUGGGGCCAAUGACACGGAGUACGAGAUCCGAUACUUCGAGAAGGGUCAGAGUGAAGAGACUUACUCCAUGGUGAAGACAGGGGCGCCCACGGUUACUGUCACCAACCUGAAGCCGGCCACCCGCUACGUCUUUCAGAUCCGGGCAGCUUCCCCGGGACCCUCCUGGGAGGCCCAGAGCUUCAACCCCAGCAUUGAAGUGCAGACCCUGGGGGAGGCUGCCUCCGGGUCCAAGGACCAGAGCCCUGCAGUUGUCGUCACCGUAGUGACCAUCUCGGCCCUCCUUGUCCUGGGCUCCGUGAUGAGCGUGCUGGCCAUUUGGAGGAGGCCCUGCAGUUAUGGCAAAGGAGAUGGGGACGCCGGCGACGAAGAGGAGCUGUACUUCCACUUCAAAGUCCCGACACGUCGCACGUUCCUGGAUCCCCAGAGCUGCGGGGACCCGUUGCAGGCUGUGCUUCUGUUCGCCAAGGAGCUGGAUGCGAAAAGUGUCACUCUGGAGAGGAGCCUCGGAGCAGGGCGAUUUGGGGAGCUGUGCUGCGGCUGCCUGCAGCUCCCCGGACGCCAGGAGCUCCCCGUGGCCGUGCACACGCUGAGGGACGGCUCCUCUGACUCGCAGAGGCUCAGCUUCCUGGCUGAGGCCCUCACGCUGGGACAGUUUGACCAUAGCCACAUCGUGCGGCUGGAGGGUGUCGUCACCCGAGGAAGCACCUUGAUGAUCGUCACCGAGUACCUGAGCCUGGGGGCCCUGGAUGGCUUCCUCAGGCGGCACGAGGGGCAGCUGGUGGCUGGGCAGCUGGUGGGGUUGCUGCCCGGGCUGGCGUCAGCCAUGAAGUAUCUGUCGGAGAUGGGCUACGUUCACCGGGGCCUGGCGGCCCGCCGCGUGCUGGUCAGCAGCGGCCUCACCUGCAAGAUCUCUGGCUUCGGGCGGGGCCCCCGGGACCGGGCAGAGGCUGUGUACACCACCAUGAGUGGCCGGAGCCCAGCGCUGUGGGCUGCCCCGGAGACGCUUCAGUUUGGUCACUUCAGCUCCGCCAGUGACGUGUGGAGCUUCGGCAUCCUCAUGUGGGAGGUGAUGGCCUUUGGGGAACGGCCCUACUGGGACAUGUCUGGCCAAGACGUGAUCAAGGCUGUGGAGGACGGCUUCCGGCUGCCACCCCCCAGGAACUGUCCCACCCCCUUGCACCGACUAAUGCUUGACUGCUGGCGGAAGGACCCAGGCGAGCGGCCCAGGUUCUCCCAGAUCCACAGCGUCCUGAGCAAGAUGGUGCAGGACCCAGAACCCCCAAAAUGUGCCACGACCACCUGUCCCAGGCCUCCCACCCCGCUGGCGGACCGUGCCUUCUCCACUUUCCCCUCCUUUGGCUCCGUGGGCGCCUGGCUGGAGGCCCUGGACCUGUGCCGCUACAAGGACAGCUUCGCUGCGGCUGGUUACGGGAGUCUGGAGGCCGUGGCCGAGAUGACCGCCCAGGACCUGGUGAACCUGGGCAUCUCUUCGGCCGAACAUCGAGAGGCCCUCCUCAGUGGGAUCAGCGCCCUGCAGGCCCGAGUACUCCAGCUGCAGGGCCAGGGGGUGCAGGUGUGAGCAGGCCCCCACUAUUCUGGUGGGGGUCCAGGCCCCCAGCCCUGCCCGAAGACCCCGGCAAGCUGCGCUCCACCUGUGUGGAAGUGAGCGCUCUCUUCCUCCUCUUGGGCCCGGAGCUGGUUUGGGGCAUGGCUGCCCCUCUCUCACUGCGCCUCCUGUUUUCCCCGGUCCGAACACCUCUGCUGACUCAGUGUCCCCAGAAAAGAGGUUCCAAUCCCUGAGGAGGACCCCUGAGAUAACAAUGGGA